AGGGGCGCAGUCAGGGAUGGGAAGUGGGAGGGGGCGGAUAGGGGGCAGGGGCCAGGCUGUUUUGGGGGCACAGCCUUCCCUACCUGGCCCUCCAUACAGUUUCACAACCCCGAUAUGGCCCUCGGGCCAAAAAGUUUGCUCACCCCUGCACUAGAAGGCGACAAAUAGUUACACAUUAAGCUGCUCGGGAAUUUUUGAAUGACCCUUUUCUUCACGGAGAAAUGCAGAUUCAGUGUCAGAACUGUUCAGGAAGCAGUGCUGGGUUGGAAGAAACUCUCGCCUCGAAAAAUGUUUGGUUAAAAAUAUGUCCAAACUGGAAAGUUUUGCGUUUUUGAGUUGAAGCAACUUUUCAUUGAGAAAUUUUAGUAAAUUUAUACAGGAAAAAAGGGGGAGGGAGGUGUAAAGUUGAAACAUUUCAAAGUUACCAAAAGGAAACAUUUUGAUUGACACACACUAUGGUUUUUGCUUUGUGGGGAUUUUUUUUAUUUUCCAGUUCAUGCAAAUUUGAUAUUUUUUGAAUUUUCAGCCUAAUUUGGGACAGGAAAAUUUUUUAAAUGUGGAAAAUUCUCAUGGGAUGGGAAAACCAUUUCCCACCCAACCCUUGGUACAUGUGCUUCUGUCUACCUUGGGUACCUUCUAUGGCCCCAUCACCAUCCUUACCAACACCCUGAUGAGGCAGGGCAGUGCUAUUAUCCACUUUGUACAGAUGGGAAACUGAGACACAGACAAGGUACAUCUACACAGUGCAUAAAACUUAAACUACCAAAAAACCCCGUGACAAUGAAUUUCAGAGCCUGGGUCAACUGAUUUGGGCUUGCACGGUGGGACUAAAAAUGGCAGGGUAGUGUGGUGUUUAGAUGCUGCAUGUGAUUAUUGGAACUGGGAGCACUGGCUGUUGGGAGUCUGAAAGGACAGGAAACAGGAAGGAGGGGGGAGGAGUUGAGGAGGCUGGGAGAGUUACAGAGUGUGCAGCUACAGCUUGGUAAAGAGAUUUCCACUGUAAAUAAAGAGUUCUGUUGAAGUUGUUAAUACCUUGCCUGGUGGAUACAACAUUUUGGCGGUGAGGAUGGAUCUUCUGCCUCUGAACCCACCUGCACCCUUUCUGCAAAGCCCAGCUCCUCCCUGACACCAUCCACUACAGAAACUUCCUCUACUACAGACCUUCUGCUGUGGGAGGUGUGAUCCAAGACAGUGCCUUCUCCCUCCCCAUAGACUGCUUCUACCCCAGGCUCGUUUUCAGGAUUCCACGAGGGGGUUGUUCUGUGUCACCACGCCUAGGGGCUACCAUGUCGGAGCUGCAAUCCCUGCUGCACGGCUUCCUUGGGGUGCAGCCCAGAGUCUUUGGGGCGGUGCUAGUGGUGGUGGGGCUGCUGCAGGUGGCCUUCGGAACCCUCUUCGUCAUCGACAACUGCGCUUACACGGAUAGUGUCGGCAUCCAUUUCUUCCCAGGAAUCCUGUUAUUCUUGGCUGGCAUCAUUGCCAUCGCUGCUGACAGAGCACCUAGCAUGGCCCUGGUGAAGGCCUGUCUGGUGAUCCAGAUCAUUGCUGCAGCUGUUGUCAUGGUGAUCAACUUCCUCUACCUGAGGGACCUGCUCUCCUAUCUCAGUUUUGCCUGUGAUCUCCAAGACCAGCUCCAGAAUUGCCGUGUGCAUGAUCAGAUCAUGGUCUACUGCACAGGCAUGCGGGGCAUUGCACUGUUCACAGCAACUCUGGGGUUGUGCCUCACUGUUUCUCUGGCAGCAUUUGGAUGCAAAGUUGUCUGUUACCAGAACUCUGAAGAUGAUGUGCCCAUUGUUGCCCUUAGCUCUCAUGAGGAAAAAGCAGAUCCUGAGUGAGAGGGGGCCCCCUUCGUGCCACCAGCCUGAGUGACAUCACCAGACAGCUCCCCCAAUGGAGAUGCCAGUGGUUCCCCCUUCCCCGAGCAAGUGCUGCUUCACUUCUGAGCAAUAACCCAUGGCAAGGGGUGGGGCCAAGUACCCAAGCAGUGCAGGAUUCUGUGCCAAGGGGCACAGCCAGGCAGACCUUCUCCCUACUAGAGAUUGGCAGAUUCCCCACCAACCCUGGCCCCAGUGACUAUUCCCACUGGCUUCUCCACCCAGCUGGCACAUGGCCUGGAUUCUCCCCUGGUCAAUAAAUGGCCUCUAUUUCCCCACCUGGGUAUAAUUAAAAACUGUACCCAACUAGGCAAAAAUACAGGCCACUGACCAAACGGAUCAGAACACUUCCAUGCCCCUGGGUCCCCUGAGCCACUCAACAUCAAAGGAAUGAGAAAGGAUGGGGUUAUCCACCAGAACAAAGCCACUGGGCCAUUUGCAGCCCUAGCCUAGGGAGAUGCCCCUACACUGACUUCAAAGGGAGUCUGAACCCAUUUACACCCGGACUGAAUUUGACCUGUUUUGUCACCACAUCACAUGAUAGUGCAUUUUCCCCCAUAUGGGACCUGUUCGUAUAGGGCAGCACCAUCAAAAGUGGGUAUAUGCAGGUAUAAUAGGAGUGGUAGUACUUGGUGAGUGUGUCUUCAGAGACAGACACAGGCAUCAACUUGACCUGGGUUAUUGCUGAUCUAAAUUGUCUCUUGCUUUCAUUUUUUAAAACAAAUUAAAUAUUUCAUUAAAUCCCAGAAUUCCUUCUAUUUCUGGUGUAUCAGGAAAAAGAUCUUUCAUGGAUGCAGUGUCUCCCAUCCCGAUGGAUGCCACAGUCCUGACUUCAGAAUGGUUCUAUACACUAGAGCUGAGCAAACAUUGGAAUUUCCAUCUUGUAGGACGUUCUGACAGUUUGAUGCUUGUUUCCAUCUAAAUCAGGACAAAAUAUUAAUUCUUCACUGAACAUGAAGUUCUGAAAAAUUUUAAUUCAGAAAUGUCUAAACACUUCCUUUUGCCAUUUGCUAUUGAACUGUUUUGAGAUACUUCAGUGUUUACAGCAUCUGCCUUAGAUGCUGUAGUGCCUCAUGGGAAUUAUAGUUUGGAUGCCGGAUGCCCUAAUUCUUCUUUAGGAGCUUUGGUCCCUUGCUGGACUACACUUCCCAUGAUGCAUCAUGUAGCUUGGUUAGAGUGGAGGCUGAGUUGCAUCAUGGGAGAUGUAGUCUGUCCAAGGUACCUGGCCCAUGGAGGAGAAUUGGAGAAUGAGGCACUGUAGUGCCAUAGGCAGACCUAAUUUAAUGUCAAACUAUCACAAAACAAAACUUUGCUUCAGUUCAACGACCUGAAAUGUGUUGAUUAGGGUUGAAAUGGUCCCAAAUUAAAUGUUUAAUUUUGAUUUUUCUGAUAGAACUGAAAAAAUUCAGCAGAAAUCAAAAAUUUUCCACAGAUAAUUUAGAUUUUGUAGAAACUGUUUUCUGUCAAAACCCCCUUGAAAAUUCCUAACCAGCUGUAAUAUAUACCUUUCAUUUGGAAAGCCAAUGGUGAAGGAUAGAAUCCUGUCAUUGUGGUUACCCCUGUCACAGAACCCAUAAAUUUUGCCAUUGAUAUGGACCCUGUGGCUGUGCAUUAGCAGGUUGUUAGUUCACUUUGAUUUAGUCCUGUUUCUAAGAGGACUAGAUCAAAGCAAACUAACCAACUGUUAAUGCC